AUGAGUGAAUCUACGGCUGAGCGAACUGCUGUGUUCAAUGCUCAAGGUCCGCAAAGUACACUAUUAACUGUCAAUAUGGUGAGUGUUACAAAACUCACGACUCAGAAUUACCUCAUGUGGCAACGACAAGUUCUUGCCUUACUUGAGGGUCAUGAACUACAACAGUUCAUUGACGACUCAGCCCAAGCUCCGGCAUCCACUAUUCAAGUCAAUGGUGCUGCUGCCCCAAAUCCGGCGUAUGCUCCGUGGAGACGACAAGAUCGCCUUCUCUACAGUGCAAUGAUUGGAGCCAUUUCUCCAUCGGCUCAAUCACUUGUCUCCACAGCAACGACAUCAAAGGAAAUCUGGGACACACUUGCUGCUGCGCUGGGUAAUCCUACUCAGGGCCACAUCCGUCAACUCAAACAUCAGAUUAAAACGUGUGUGAAAGGCACCAAAUCUAUUGCCGACUAUUUACGCACCAUCAAAGCCAAAUCUGAUGAUCUCUCGCUCCUUGGCAAAUCGAUGGAUCAAGACGACUUGACAGAACAAAUUCUUGCCGGCCUUGGUGAAGAAUACAAACCAGAGAUCGACGCCAUCAACGGACGUGACACUCCGAUCUCUUACACGGAACUAUACGAGCGGUUGCUUAACCGUGAAGCUAUGCUUCUCUGCAACGAAACACCAUCGUCUGGUCCGAUUGUAGCCAACGCUACGGACUCUCGUCCUCGCCAGCAGAACCGCAACAACAACAACAGCCAAAAUCGCAACAACAGCCACUACUCUUCACAGCCUCGAUUCAAUGGCAACAACUCCAACCAGAACAAGUUCUCCAAACCCUAUCAAGGUCGAUGUCAAGCAUGUGGUGAUGUCGGACACAGUGCGAAAUAUUGUCCUGUUUUCCGCUUAGUCCGAGGCUCUUCUCAGCCCUCAAUGAUGCCUCAAUACCAGCAACUUGCGCCUCCUUACCAGCAAUGGCAACAGCCACAAAACCUGCAACCGUGGCAACCACGUGCCAAUGUAGUGAUGCUGUCCGAUCCGACCACGUGGCUGGUAGACUCGGGUGCAUCCCAUCACAUGACAUCCGAUUUGCGUAACCUGGCUGUUCACAAUCCAUACAAUGGUGGUGACGAUGUGUUCUUGGUGAUGGAUCAGCAUUACCAAUAA